AGUGGGGAAAACAACCACAACAUUUCUGUUUUUAAGGCACCUGAACAUUUCCUGGAUGUAAAUAUUUCAUACCAACAUGAUCGGACUUCUCUAGCGCUGAUGGUGAGAAAUGUGGAUCUAUUUGAUAAGUUUUGAUGGGUUAACCAAAUAUAGACCAGGAGAACUUACAGAAGAACUGCAGAAUAACAACAAGUCCUUUCAUUCAAAACACCUGCAGCUGCUGAGAAACAGAACAAUCUGUCAGACCAUCAGAAGCUGUGAGGUGCUUAAGAAAUCUGAAGACAGUAUGUCUGAAAAUAACCAAGAGGAGGAUAGCAGCAAUGAAGGGUGUGAAAUUCUUGUAGCUUUUCAAAAUGCAAAUAAGAUACUGAAAGAAAUGAGCCAGUCAUACAAAAUUCUAGAAACAAACAACCAGGUCCCAUCAGUACCCAGACUAUGGCCAGAUGAACAAUCAGCUUCUUUUCUGAAGAAAAGACAGCUGGAACUCAAGAUGAGUCAGCAAAGUUCACUACCUUUCUUUUUGAAAAGAACAGGAAACUCAAGACAUCCUCAUGGUUUUGACUUCAGUUUUCUGGUGCAGGGACCCUGUUCUGGGUCUAACAUGUCAAAGCCCCUCAGGGGACUAGAUGCCCUUCAGGAGAUAAAUGCACAAAUUCAGCAAAGGUUAAGUAUAUCUGUACUAAAACACAGCAACAGGAGGAUGGAGUUUCAUCUGUCACCAGAGACAUUUCAGCCUUUAAGAACAGUUCCACUUGCUCCUCUAGUGAACAAUAGGAUCAACAAAAACACCAGCCACAACAAAAUCCUGAGUAUUAUGGAUUCAGUACCUUGUCCUACAAAGCCUAUUGGUAGAUUCCAGCAGUGUCAGUCAGGCAAUCUGCAGCAAGGGCAGACUAAACAUGCUGUAGGCCAGUCUCGUAGACGUGUUUCUGAUAGCUCCGUCACAACAGGACACUUGCCCUCAUUCAGAAUGGAUAAUUAUUACAAAUAUUUUGGAGACAUAAAAGAACAGGAAACUGAAAAGAACCAAAAUAUAGGUGGUAAUACUGAAGAGAAUGAAUAUGAAAAAUGUCUGCUUCCAGUACUCUGCAGGAAUGUAAAUAUUGUGGCCACCCCCAAUGUUUCUGAUGACAAUCACGAUUAUUUCAACCCAAGUGAAGUGACCAACACUGAGAAAAACUGUAAAAUACUUGCAGCUCCUGCAUCAAGUAAUGUAGAUUAUUCCAAUUUAGGAACUGACAACUGGGAAAGUGAUUUAUUUGCAAGGAGUUCUGUCAGAACUGAUCUACAGGAAGUAAAUGCUUCCAGUUUGACAGGUUAUAGUAGAGAUGCUGAGCCUAUGAAUGCUGUGCUUGUACCUCAUGUUUUAGAUUCAAGCUGCACAAGUGAAGCAAUAGAAGCAUGUCCUCAUGUUCUAGAAGGUAGUUCUGCAGCUAAAAUUAUUUCAAGUGUGGAAGUUUACUUUUCUCCUGAAAAUCAAUCAGGAAGCAGCGUUUUUCCAGUAGACGCUGGAGCUGAAAAAGUAACAAUUUCAGAAUUAACUGAGACAAAGGUUGGAGAAUUGGCACCUCUGGUCCAUGUUACAUUUUCUGAACAAGAGCUACCUAAGGCACUACAGAUUGCUAAACGUCCUGCCAGGAAGAAGAGCAUCAGCCGUAGCGUGCCUCCUAAUGCAAGUCACAGCUUCAACAUACUUGCUCUCAAGCUAAAUGACAAGAAGAUCAAGAUGGACAGGAGUAUGUGUGUUGCAAAAACUAAAGCAAGCAGCAAAGCAUCUCAAGAUGUCAUUGUCUGUGACAAGAAUUCCACAAAACGUCACAUACACAAGACCAGCACCAAGAACCAGAUUUUCCCAUUUUUACAAUCGUCUCAUAUGGAAUCUGAAACAUCCUCAAAAUUUCAGGAAAAGCAGCCCCAGCAGGAGACGUAUAAUUUCAUUCAGCAUGCCCAUAAAUCUAAAAUGCAAGUGUUGCCCUGCACCAGCAGAAAUGCAAGCAACUUAAGGAAACCCGUUGCUCCACUUCAUGUUCCACGAGCUCAGUCUACCUCAGAUUUCUUGAAUCUGAAAUACAGUGACAUGUUCAAGGAAAUCCAUUCAACUGACAAAGGCCCAGGAAUUUAUGAAAUGUUUGGGACUCCUGUGUAUUCCCAAGCACGUGAACCUGAACAAAAUGAGAGCAGGUUUUACAGGGAUGUGUGUUCUGCUCCACAUAGGGGAUGCACUGCUAACAGAUGUAAGCCAGCUCGCAGUAGGGAGAGAGUGAGCAGUCGAGUGAGAAAUGCCCAGAAGAGAACACAUCCUAAACCCAAGAAGAACACAACUGGCAGUAAUCAAAAGCACAAAGAGAGAAGCACUGAGUUAAAUGAUAGCAAUACAGAAGGAGAUGAUACUGUAAUAAUUUCUGGUCCAAACUGGCACAUAAAGACUUCAAGGAGUACAGUGUUGUGUCAGGAAGAUGAAGAUCAGCAGCAUUCAUUUUUGGAAGAGUUUUCACAAUCCACUAAACUAAAUGAAGACUUUCUGAAUUCAGACCUGUCAACUAUUAAAGAGGUCUCUUUGGAGCAGUCUUUAGACAUUGGAGAUAUAACUAAUAAUCCAAUAUUUGCUACCACUAACCAACCAUUUUAUGAAAAAGGCUGUGCAGAAUGUGUCACUCUGGAGAGCAAUUUACUAAUGACAGAUCAGCACAAGUGUGUAGUACAAGGAAGAGUGGAUAUGGAUGACUCCACAAAUCUAGAAAAAAACCAAAUCUUCUGCAACCUCAAAGAUAAAAAUGAAGCGCUGGUUGCAUGGUCUUUUCCAGACAAACUGGAGUGUGAAUCUUCUCAAAGGGGAUUAGAUAAAAGUUGGGCACGCAUCUGUGAAAAUAGUAAUUUAGCAGAUGCAUCAGGUCAGCAUCCAACUAAGCAGAAUAUAAAUGCCACAAGCCCAAUUUUCCAGACUUAUCAAAACAUUCUCUCUCAUGCAGAAAACAAAGAACUGACUGAUGAGUUGCUUUGUUGUCUGGCAGCAGGAUUACUAGUGCUCAAAGAAAAAGACACCAAUUCUUCUAGAAUACUUAUGAAAAAUCAAGGUUCAAAACUGCAAAAUAUGUUUGCUAAAGAAGAAAGAUGCAUUGUGAAUGGAGAUGGAAAAGUAGUAACCAGUGAAGAACAGAGCUAUAGUGAAGCCUUCUUAGCAUCCAACAGGGAAAAUGACUUGUUAAACUUCAGUGAUUCUACCAACUUACCAGAAAGCAGCUCAGCUAAUGAUGAUCCCAUCAUCUGGACCAGAGGUGAAAUCCUUGGCAAGGGAGCCUAUGGCACAGUGUACUGUGGUUUGACAAGCCAGGGACAAUUAAUAGCUGUGAAGCAGGUUGCUUUGGAUACAUCAGACCAAGUCAGUACAGAAAAAGAGUAUCAAAAGCUGCAAGAAGAAGUUGAUCUGCUGAAAACACUAAAACAUAUUAACAUUGUAACGUAUUUAGGAACAUGUUUAGCAAAUAAUAUUGUAAGCAUUUUCAUGGAGUUUGUACCUGGUGGCUCAAUUUCUAGUAUUAUUCAUCGUUUUGGUCCAUUGCCAGAAAUUGUUUUGUGCAAGUAUACAACACAGAUUCUACAAGGGGUUGCAUAUUUACAUGAAAACCGUGUGGUGCACAGGGAUAUUAAAGGCAAUAAUGUUAUGCUAAUGCCAAAUGGUGUAAUAAAGCUAAUUGACUUUGGAUGUGCAAAGCGUUUAGCUUGGGUGAGCCUGAAUGGCACACAAAGUGAAAUGCUGAACUCUGUGCAUGGGACUCCUUAUUGGAUGGCACCAGAAGUGAUCAAUGAAUCUGGGUACGGAAGAAAAUCAGACAUCUGGAGCAUUGGCUGCACUGUAUUUGAGAUGGCAACAGGCAAACCACCUUUGGCUUCCAUGAACAGAAUAGCAGCAAUGUUCUACAUUGGAGCAUAUAGAGGACUGAUGCCUCCUUUACCUGACCAUUUCUCAGGAAUUGCAGCAGACUUUGUGCAUGUGUGUUUAACCAGAUCUUCCUUCCCAACAAAUAUUUUGGCACCCUAUUUCCAUGGACCAUGCAUCCCUUUGAUUGCUAGAGAUCAACACGAGCGCCCUUCUGCUCUCCAGUUGCUGGAGCACCCUUUCAUCAAAGGAAAACAAUGAACUUUUCAAACCUCACUUUAUAUUUUUCUCUUUAAUUUUAUUGGUCAGAAAAAUUAAAUUUGCAUUUGAUUUGAAAACAAACAGGAGUGUAACUUACAAGAGGCCAAGAAAUCAAUGAAAUGGCAGAGGUCUGUUGUGAGGCUGUGCAAAGAUUAAAUUAGAGGUGAAUUUGUAACCAUG